UGAAAUUUAAUACCUUUCGUUAGUCCUCGUAGCCGCUCGCCGAUUUGAACGUAUUAUCACGUCUCUCCAGCUCGGUUGCACGCGCCAUCACACCCACCCAUUCACCCACUCACGCACAUCGUGAACCAACAAACAAACACCCACAAAAGACGCGCCUUUUGGCUUCGAAAAGUACACACACACACACACUCGCAUACGAAAGAGAAGAGCGAGUUCGUACGGGCGAUCGUGCAGCGCUGUCUCCGCUCCUUUUCUUGUGGUUUGGUUCUAUAUUUAUAUUUUCCGAAACAACGCACUUGUAGAACCCCCAAAGGAAGAAGCAUCCGCUGCUCUGUCUCAGGACGCUCUCACUUAAUUUUGCUCGCCCUCUUCAGCACCGCCCCCUCCACCCCUCAACACACACACUCCAGCGUUUUUUCUUUUCCGCUCCAUCACAAACACACAGGGAUGUCCGCCGAAGACACGCCGGUGUCUUUCUUUCUGCAGGCCUGCAAGCUGGAGGGCGUCAAGUCGCCCAACCCUCAGCUCGUCGCCUUCUUCCAGGGCCACCAAACCUUCGACGACAUCGAUGAGAUCGAUCUCAGAAACAACUACGUCGGCAACCGCGGCCUGCUGGCCGUCCUCGACGUCAUCGAGCACCUGAGCCAGUUCCGCUUCCUCAACGCGGCGGACCAGAAGCUGUACAACUCGGACCUCAACGAGGAGACGGUGAAGGGCAACGUCGUGAUCGACCGCCUAGUCGAGGUGCUGAAGGUGCAUCCAAAGGUAAACGCCCUCGACCUCAGCAGCAACCCCAUCUCCAACUACGCCGGCCGCAAGCUGCUGUCGCUGGCGCAGGUGAACAAGCGCAUGUGCCGCAUCGUCAUCAACGACACCCGCAUCGACUUUGAGCUGCGCAACAAGAUCACGAAGCAGUGCGAGGAGAACACGCGGAACUUGUGGAACGAGGAGCAGGCAACGGGCGAGGCGGCGGACGCUGCGUUCGGCGAGGGCCCGACGUGGGUGCCGACGCAGCUGAGCGCGGACCUCACCAUCCUCGGCGGUGGGCGGGCACGGCGGCAGACGGUGCGUGUGGAGGGCAUCGACCCCGAGGACGCGAAGAACUUUGUGGCGCCGGUGCACGAGAAGAGCGCCGAGGAGACGGAGCUGAUUUGCGAACUGCUGCGCCACAACAUGCUUUUCAGUUUCCUGUCCAGCAAGGACAUCCUGACGGUGGCCACCGCGAUGUACCGCGAGGAGUUCGUGAAGGAUGAGUGCAUCAUCGAGUUUGGCCAGAAGAACUGCAACAAGCUCUACGUCUUCCAGAGUGGCCAGGCAGACGUGAUCAAGGAGGGGCAAAAGGUGUUCAUCAAGGUGGAGGGCAUGGCGGUGGGCGAGGUGGAGCUGCUCUACGACACACCCGCCGUAGCGACGGUGAAGGUGUCGACGCCGAAGCUGGUGGCGUGGGUGCUGGACCGCGACACGUACCGCAACCUGGUGAUGGGGUCGUGCAUCCGCCGCCGCGAAACCUAUGUGUCGAUGCUGGCGAAGGUACCGUUUCUCCAGAGCCUGGACGACUACGAGCGCACGCAGAUCGCGGAUGCCUUGACGAGCAACGAGUUCAACCCAGGCGAUUACAUCAUCCACUACGACGAGGAGGGCGAGUGGCUGUAUAUCAUUAUUGAGGGCACCGUCGAGGUGAUUGGACGUGAUACAGAGGGCAAGGAGACGAAGGUGUGCGAGUUCUCCAGCGGCGACCACGUCGGCGAGUUAGAGUUCCUGAACAACCACCGCACCGUGGCGGACGUCGUGGCGGUCACCGCGGUCACCACCGCGAAACUCAACCGUCGCCACUUCGAGAUGUGCAUGGGACCCGUGAUGGACAUCUUGAAGCGGGACAGCAGCUCCGCCAAGUACGAGUACUACCAGAACGUGUUGCGGCAUCAGCACUUGAAGCCGGAGGCCGCGGAGGAGCUGUAA